CUCCCUUCCCCUUCCCCUCGCACUGUUCCCCUCUUCUUCUUCUCUUCUCCCUGGAACUUGUCGUUUUACCUUAUCCAUAACGGAGGAAAACCCUUUUAAUUUUCCUCUGUUUUAAGUGAGCAAUAUGAAAAAAAGCCAGGUCUCCUUGAGCUGCCGAGAAAUUCCAGCUCUCAAAUCAUCAAAUGUCCCCAUCAGUUCUUCAAUCGUCGAACCAGAAUUUUACCUACUGCAAACCAACCGCUCUAGUCAUGCUGGUACCAGCACGAGGCUUCGUGGCAAUGUCUCUAAUUUUGCAUCACUAUCGAUGGAGGAAAAGAAAGAGGAGAGAGAAUUCUAUCCGACGUCGAAUCAGUUACUGAAGCGUCCCUUGGCCUUGCUGGCCUUGGUUCCUAAGGACGCCGCGCUUUUCGCUGCAGGGGCUAUUGCUGGCGCCGCUGCCAAGACCGUUACGGCGCCACUCGACCGCAUUAAGCUCCUUAUGCAGACUCACGGAGUAAGAGUUGGGCAAGAAGGUGUUAGAAAGGGUAUUGGAUUUAUUGAGGCAAUAACAUUGAUUGGAAAGGAAGAAGGGAUCAAAGGGUACUGGAAAGGCAACCUUCCUCAGGUGAUACGGAUUAUACCUUACAGUGCAGUGCAGCUGUUUGCUUAUGAAACCUACAAGAAACUAUUUAGUGGAAAGGAUGGGACGCUUUCUGUUAUUGGAAGACUAGCAGCAGGUGCUUGUGCUGGCAUGACAUCAACUUUUGUUACAUAUCCGUUAGAUGUCCUUAGGCUGAGACUAGCUGUUGAACCAGGGUAUAAAACUAUGACACAGGUUGCCUUCAAUAUGUUGAAAGAGGAAGGAGUUGCAUCAUUUUAUAGUGGUCUAGGACCUUCCCUUAUUGGAAUAGCACCUUAUAUUGCAGUAAACUUUUGUGUGUUUGACUUGGUGAAGAAAGCUCUUCCCGAAGAGUAUCAGAAAAGAACUGAAACAUCCCUAAUAACGGGUCUAAUAUCAGCCACUGUUGCUACUGUCAUGUGUUAUCCCCUGGACACUGUCAGAAGACAACUGCAAAUGAGAGGCACACCUUACAAGACAGUUUUGGAUGCCUUUCCAGGUAUUCUGGAACGUGAUGGGCUAGUUGGAUUGUAUAGGGGUUUUGUGCCCAAUGCAUUGAAAACACUACCUAAUAGCAGCAUACGGCUUACCACCUUUGACACUGUUAAGCGUUUAAUUGUAGCGAGUGAAAAAGAGCUUCAAAAGAUUAUACUGGAGAAUCGCAACAAAGAAGGACAGAGUACUAGUGAGGGCACAGUUAGAUAAUUUGUUAGCCAAGAUUGAUAUUGAUCUUCCCAAUUAUUUGCACUCUUACAAGUACUUGCAGCAGGAUAAACACGACUCUGCUGGUAUCUGAGAGGGCUUGGCUGUCAGGAACUUUUACUUUGUCAUCCUGCAGCACCAAUUUUUGUAACAAGACAACUUUCACUUAUUAAAAGUUGUCUAGUUGGCUUGUAAUUUAAUUCUUGUUAUACUAUAGAAUCUUGAAAGCUUGUUUUCAGUUUCGUUCAAUUGUGGCAGUAUGAUGUGCAUGCCUAUGAGGAUUCGCUAGCUAAUGAAUCGUGAACUGGUGACCAUUA